ACAGGUGCACAACUGACAGGUGUUUACUAUGGAUUAAGUGGAAAUAACCUUCCAUCUCCAAAAGAAGCGAUAAACUUUUGCAAGCAAAAGGGAAUACAAGCUCUUAGAUUAAAAGAACCAAACACUGAAAUAUAUGAUGCGCUGAUUGGAACGGGAAUCCUUGUUGCUGUUGGUCCUAAAAAUAGUGACUUGCCAGGCCUUGCACUAAGCAAGGAAGCAGCUAUCGGGUGGGUGAACAUGUUCAUCUUUCCACACGCCGAUAAGGUUUCCUUCAGAUGGAUCAUAGUAGGUGAUGAAGAAAUCUUCGGAGAAAAUGCCAAUAAACGUACACCUCUCAUGGUAAACUUAUUCUCAUAUUUUGCCUAUGUUGCUGACCCAGAUCGCAUUCGCAUAGAUUAUGUUAUGUUCAAUUCCACAAAAGUAAUUGUGCAGGAUGGUAUUUUUAGCUACUACAAUCUUUUCGAUGCCAUGGUUGAUGCAUUUAAUGCAGCAGUUGAGAAAAUCGGUUAUGAUGACGUGAAAAUUUUUGUUGGUAGAACGGGAUGGCCAAGUUAUGGAAAUCCUCCUUUUGCUAAUAUACAAAAUGCACAGACAUACAAUCGAAGGCUUCGCGAUCAUAUAACAAAAUAUGGAGACACCAACUAUUUUAGCGAACACAUUUUUCCACGAAAUGUUCAAUGA